AUGAAGAUCUUGAAGGGUAUGUACAAAAGCUUGUUUGAUCUUCUUCGUUUCAGUUUUGGGUUAGGGUGGGAUCCUACAACGAAGAAAUUCACGGCUAGAGAUGAUGUAUGGGAUGACUAUUUGAAGGAUUUAAGAAUGAUAUUUGGAUUGAAUGUGGCAACUGGACAAAAUGUUGUGGGAUUAGGCGAUUCCAUUGUUGUCGAUGCUUCUCAAGUUGGAGAUGAUGAUGGGCCACAUGAUUUAAGUCAUGUCCAAAUAUUAGAUGAUAUGGGGGGAUCCCAUGACGUUUUCUCAUCAUUAGAGAAAAGAAGGGCUGAAUCGAUGCAAGAAGCUGAAGAAAAGGAAGUCGAAGACAAAGCUAAUAAUGUGUGGGAUGCUAUCAAAGAAAUUUCAGAUUUGGAUGCAGAUUUAUGUUACGAGACCAUGACAUUGGUUGACAGUUUAGGUAUGAAAUCUGUAUUUGUGCACAUGUCAACAGAACAACAUAAGGGAUGGAUUAUGCGAAGCCUUCGUAAAUAA